AUGGCGAGGAGCUCAAGGAGCCAGGUAAGGGAUGUUACUGUAGGUGCUUCCCUUUUGAUGCUUUCCUUUUGUAGUCACUUUUUAUCUGAGGAUUUCAAGAUUUUCGUGUCGAAUGAGGUGGGAGCUGCGCUUGCUGAUUCGAUCCGGUUCAAGGGAAGCUGCUACUACCGGGGCUACAUCGACGGCUUCCCCAGCUCAGCAGUGACCCUCAGCACGUGCUCAGGGCUCAGGGGCUUGCUGCAGUUCGACAACGUCAGCUACGCCAUCGAGCCCCUGGGCUAUUCCCCUGCGUUCGAGCACCUUGUGUACCGCGUGAGGGACGGGCAGGCCGCGGGUUCCCUCCUCGCCAGCAGCCGCCCCGAGGCAGGGCCCGAUGGGCUGACGGCGAUGGAGGCGUCGAGGCGAGCGCAGGGACGUGAGGAACCACUAUCAGCUGCAGCACAAUCUCCCAAAUACCUGCAGGCGUACGUCGUUUUGGACAAGGCUUUGUAUGACCACAUGGGUUCGGACACGAAGGCAGCGACGCAGAUGGUAAUCCAGGUCUUCAAUUUGGUCAACAGUGUGUUUCAUGCUCUCAAUGUCACCAUCGUGCUGGCCUCCCUGGAGCUGUGGACACAGGACAAUAAAGUCUCGACAGCAGGGGAAGCAGAGGACCUUCUGCAGCGCUUUCUGCAGUGGGCAAAGACCCACCUCGCUCUGCAGCCGUACGACACCGCUUACCUCUUGGUGUACAGGGACCAAGCAGCGUUCAUGGGCACCACAGCUCCGGGGAAGGCGUGUCAGAGAGAUGCUGCUGGCAUCGUGGCCGUGUACCAGGAGGCCACAACGCUGGAGUCCUUCUCUUCCCUCCUGGCUCAGCUGCUGGGGCGCAGCCUGGGCAUCGGCUAUGAUGAGUCCCCGCAGUGCCACUGCCCCGGGCACGUCUGCAUCAUGAGCCCCGAGGCGCUACGCUUCAGUGGGGUAAAAGCCUUCAGCACCUGCAGCAUCAGGGACUUUGAGGCCUUCCUGAGGCACGGGGGAGGCACGUGCCUGUUCAGCAGACCCCUCCUGACCGGUCCAGCCUCCCAGAGAGCUGCCACCUGCGGCAAUGGCAUCGUGGAGCCCGGCGAGCAGUGCGACUGCGGGGCGGCCCAGGACUGCUUGAAGGACAAAUGCUGUACUGCAGGGUGUCAGUUCAAGCCGGGAGUGAAGUGUUCCUCUGGAUCGUGUUGUAACGGCUGUCAGUUCAAGCGCAAGCACUGGCAGUGCCGCCCCGCCGCCGAUGAGCAGUGUGACCUGGCCGAGUUCUGCACCGGGGCCUCGGCCUCCUGCCCCCCCGACCUGUACGUGCAGGACGGGCACGGCUGCGAGCAGGGCACCGGUUACUGCUACAAGGGCCGCUGCCAGUCCCCGGACCUGCAGUGCCAGCGCAUCUAUGGGAAAGGUUCAAGGAAUGCUCCCGUGGCUUGUUACGAGGAACUCAACAGCCAGCAGGACAGGUUUGGCCACUGCGGCUUGCAGCCCAGCCAAGGCUUUAAGUCCUGCUCUUGGAGGUAGGCCUGGGGAAGGGCACCUUUAAUCAGGGCUUUCCAAGGCAGGAAAGCAUCCAGGCUCCAGCUGAUAGGAAGAUCUGCGA